AUGGCUGAAUAUGAUUUAACAUCAAAAUUAGGUCGAUAUUUCGAUCGACAUCUUGUUUUUCCAUUAUUAGAAUUUUUAACUGAACGAAAUAUCUUUGAUGAGAAAGACAUUCUUCAAGCUAAAUAUGAUCUUUUACAACAUACGACUAUGGUUGAUUUUCAACUUGAUAUUCAUAAUAAACUUCAUCCGGAUGGAAUCGAACCAAAAGGUUUAGUUGAUAAACGUGAAGGAAUUGUAGCUCGUUUUAAUGAACUUUCCGAAGCAGUUCAACCAUUACUCGAUGCUGCUGUUACUGAAGAUGCAGCUCGACUUAUUGAAAAUCAACGAAAUAGUGAUUCAAUGCUUGCAUUAGACUUUUUACACAAAAAAUUCAAUAUUGAACGAAGUAUGGUCGAUGAUCUUCAUACAUUUGCACGUUAUGUUUAUGAUUGUGGUGAUUAUUCUCGAGCAGCUGCAAAUUUAGGUCUUUAUCGAGCACUUGUUCCAAAUAAUGAUAAAAAUAUGAUGUCAUGUUUAUGGGGUAAAUUAGCAUCGGAAAUUCUUAUGCAACGUUGGGAUGAAGCAUAUGAUGAUUUAAAUCAUUUAAAAGUUGCCAUUGAAAAUAAUAAUUCUCGUUCACCAAUAGAUUUAUUACAUCAACGUACAUGGUUUAUUCAUUGGUCAUUAUUCGUUUAUUUUAAUCAUCCACAAGGUCGUGAUGAUCUCGUACAAUUAUUUCUUAAUUCAGCAGCAUCAACAUCAACAAAUCAAACCAAUAUAUAUUUAAAUACUUUACAAACAACGGCACCACAUUUAUUACGUUAUUUAGCUGCAGCUGUUAUAAUUAAUCCAAGAAAAAAAAAUGACAGAGUAUUGAAAGAACUUGUUAAAAUUAUUCAACAGGAAUCAUAUGCAUUUCGUGAUCCAAUAACAGAAUUUCUUGAAUGUCUUUAUGUUCAUUUUGAUUUCGAUAAUGCACAAAAGAAAUUACGGGAUUGUACAGCUGUACUUAAUAAUGAUUUUUUCCUUAUUGGUUGUAUGGAUGAAUUUAUGGAAAAUGCUCGAUUACUUAUAUUUGAAACAUUUUGUCGUAUUCAUCGUUGUAUUACAAUUGAAAUGCUUGCUGAAAAAUUAAAUAUGAGUCCAGAAGAAGCUGAACGUUGGAUUGUUAAUUUAAUACGUAAUGCAAAUUUAGAUGCAAAAAUUGAUUCACAAGGAGGAACAGUUGUUAUGGGCUCACAAGUUUUAUCACCCUAUCAAACAAUUAUUGAAAAAACAAAGAAUUUAUUUACACGAACACAAAGUUUGGCUCAUAAUAGUGAAAAAAAGAAAGAUACAAACGCAAAUUGGCAUAAUUAUCAAACACAACAAUCACAACCAAACAGUGGAGCUGUUCCAUCGAACGAGUGA